AACCGAACUCGCCACUGUCAGCGAAUCGAUUUUAUUAUUUCACAUGGUAACAAACAAGUAUUUUGUUUGACAGCUCAAAAAUAUAAUUUCGCAUGAAAGCUGGCUUCCUACUUCGGAAAUUUAAAUACUUUCUGUUGUAUAUUGAAUAAAUAACGUGAUUAUUUCCUUUCGCAUGAAAUUCCAUCGUUUCUAACAUGGAAAACGACAUUCUAGACUCUUUAAAUGACCUGGGAUAUGAUGGCCCUCUUUCUGAUGAGGUGGCCUUCUCUAAGGCUCUUGAGGGUGGUCCAAAGUCUCUAGAAUACACGAAACUCGUACAUAUCCUUGCUGAAGAAUUAAAGAAGCUAUGCAACCUCGAGGAAACAGUGAACAUGAUGAAUGAUCCAGAUGAAUCGAGUUCUUUCCUGCUGGAGUUGAGUUCAUUUUUGAAAGAACUCGGCUGUCCUUACAAGAAGUUGAUUACUGGGCACAUGUCAUCUCGUCUGCAAACAAAGGAAGAUUGCAUCCUCCUUCUAGACUAUCUGAUAUCAGAGUUGAUGGCAGCGAGGAUGGUCAAUGUGGACUGUCCUAAGGAAAAGACUGGUUCGGGCAUGGAAAUUGUUGUGCAAGAAUCUCCGACAGCGAAAGAUCUGAAGGAUAUACUGAUAUCUUUGAAUUUCAACAAACCUCCUCCUAAUAUUACUGCAGAGAUGCUGUUCUCCAAGCUUGAAGGCAAGCUUAAGGAUACCAUGCAGAAAAAAGUGGUCCGAUCGUCUAAAAACCAAGAAAGAUUUAAUUCAAUCAUCAUACCGUCCGAAACGGGAACAGCUUAAAGUAAAGCCGGACGUGAAACUGCCAUAUUUCUUAGCUGCGAGAACAUCGCUAUUACAAGUUGAAAAAACUUCAAGUGCCAACGUUAGAAAAAAUACUCAGAGUGACG